UCGACUCCACUGCGCGGCCGCAUUCCGCCCUGACUUCCCCUCUGCCAGCGGCCUGCUGCUUUGAGAUGAGUUGAAGAUGUCGGUUUCGGGGCUGAAGGCCGAAUUGAAGUUUCUGGAGUCAAUUUUUGACCCAAACCACGAACGAUUCAGAAUAAUAGACUGGAAACCCGACGAGCUCAGUUGCCAGUUCAAUGUAACAGGAGAGAAGCUGCUGAUCAUCCACUGCAACCUCACGGAAUCCUAUCCCUCAACGCCCCCGAUAUGGUUUGUUGACUCUGAUGAUCCCAGUCUGGCGGAAGUGUUGGAGCGUUUAGAGGAUGUGAGAAAAGGCAGCACAUUGCUUCUUCAGCAGCUGAAACGUCUCAUUUGUGACCUCUGUCGGCUUUACAACCUGCCUCAACAUCCAGAUGUGGAAAUGCUCGACCAGCCGCUACCUGCUGGCCCCAUCACCCAAGAGCGAAAGCACGGACCAUCAGAUGAGGUGACAUCUGAAGAGGAGGAGGAGGAAGAAAUGGGAGAGCAGGACAUUGACCUGGACCAAGACCUGGACCAUUACGACAUGAAAGAAGAAGAGCCAGCCGAGGGAAAGAAGUCAGAAGAUGACGGGAUAGAGAAAGAAAACCUGGCCAUCUUGGAGAAGAUUCGUAAAAACCAGAGACAGGAUCACUUGAAUGGAGCAGUCUCCGGCUCCGUGCAAGCCUCAGACCGCCUAAUGAAGGAACUCAGGGAGAUCUAUAGAUCACAGAGUUACAAGACAGGUAUUUAUUCAGUCGAACUAGUCAGUGACAGCCUUUAUGAAUGGCAUGUCAAGUUAAGGACGGUAGACCCAGAUAGUCCAUUACAUAGUGACUUGCAGGUCUUAAAAGAAAAGGAAGGAGUGGACUACAUUCUGCUCAAUUUCUCUUAUAAAGAUAAUUUUCCUUUUGACCCACCUUUUGUACGGGUUGUCUCACCUGUGCUCUCCGGAGGUUAUGUUCUUGGAGGAGGGGCCUUGUGCAUGGAGCUUCUCACAAAACAGGGCUGGAGCAGUGCCUAUUCCAUAGAAUCUGUCAUUAUGCAGAUAAAUGCAACCCUGGUUAAAGGAAAAGCCAGGGUGCAGUUUGGAGCCAAUAAGAACCAGUACAAUCUUGCCAGAGCACAACAGUCAUACAAAUCCCUCGUGCAGAUUCAUGAAAAGAACGGCUGGUACACACCACCUAAAGAGGACGGAUAAGGAGCCACCACCACUAUGCACUGGGAUCAUGUCUUUGGGUCAAAGUAUCUUGUUUUCUUUGGAAUAUUUCCCCCUCUUCUGACUUACUGGGAAUAUAUCAUCUUUCUCGUGGAAACCAUCUCGUUGACUCAUCUGACAAGUAUUCCUUCGCCCCCCCCCCCCUUCCCUCCCCCUCCCCGCGCUUGCUCCGGGAAAGACUCUGUUCUGGUGUCACUUUGCUUCUCCCCUCAGUGUUUUAGUGAGGAGGAUGUGAGGGUGUCACUAGCCCUGUUUUCUAAAUAUGCUCAUUUGUCUUUAAAAAAAACCAACAAAAAAACCAACAAAACGAAACAAAAAAAAACUUUCCCCCUUUAAAACUGUGGGGAAAUGCUUUUUUUUUUUUCUUUAGCUGCUUUGACAAAGUGGGCUUCACAAACAGUCAGUUUACCCCUCUUUAAACGGGAAUUUUAAAAAGAAAAUUGAUACAGAAGCUCUUGAAGUGGCACUUCACCGCACCUGUUUUUAUUGACUGCGAUUCCUUUCUCUCUCUCUCUCUCUCUCUCUCUCUUUGGAAAUUAACUGGUACACGAAUUGCAAGUUUUGUUUUAGAAAUAUUCUUUGCCUAUUGUUUUUAUUCUUUGAGCAUUCUCAACAAUAAAUGAAACAAUUUUGUUUUUUUAUGUUUUUGGAAGGAUAUCUUUUAAGUUGAAACAAACCCACUUUGCAUCUUUCUUUCUUUUUUUUUUUUUUUCUUUUUUUUUUUUUGUUAACGUGUAUUGGGCCAAGCAGAAACAAAAUACUGCAAACAACCCCACCCGUGGUUGAUAUUAAAACAGAAAUGUCUGCUCAUCAUGUGUCUCUAUAAGAGGGCUCGGAACAUUUGGACGAGAGAGGAAGAUAAGCUUUGAACGGCUCUUUGCUUCUCCUCAGUUUGACUAUUGAUCUUUCCUUUGAGUACAGCUGUAGAGGUUGACGGUUAGUUUGAUGCUGAAAUUAGGCUUUGUCUCAUUUCGCCGUGGUAAAAUAGUUGAAUUUGAUUCCAUAGGAAAGAAAUGAAGUGUUUGGAUGUGUGACUAUUUUUCAUCAUUCUGCAACCAUUUCUUUUUAUUGUAAAUGUCAUAGCUUCCUGACAUGCAUUGAUUGUAGUGGUUUGCCUCCCUCCUCCCUCCUCCUUUCCCAGUUUAGAUCUGAAACUGCUCUACAUUAUUAUUCAAUAUAACUUUUUAUUAUCUGGAUUCAUCGCCCUCUUGACAUUUAUUUGUAGGGCUUCACUUGCCACCGCCGACGUGUUUUCAGUGUCACUUUCAGUGUGCGACCACAUGAAAGGAUCAUUUUUUAGUCUAUGAUGAGAACUGAUCUUAAAACUCAGAGCAUCUACUGUAAGUAAAACUCAAACGUGACCACGAAAUACAUUAUCACUGCUGCUGCUCCCUCCCCCGCACC